GGUCCUUGUCAAGCGUGGGUCGGUUCACAUAUCACCUUGCCCGUCCCGUGGCUUUACCUGCCCUUGAACCUCAGAACUCAGACCUCAGCUUGCUCUUGCCUACUUGUCACUGUUACUCCAUCCAUUGGUAAUCAGUCUCCAGUCUCUAGCCUUGGACCUGUUGUGUUCCACUUAGCCAACCAAGCAAACACCUACCUUGCACGCACUACUGUUUACACCUUCAGUACCAACGAGCGUCAAUUCAGCGCAAGCAGGCCCAAUUGCACCCUCCUGGCAUCAAAGACCCCUUGCCGCCCAUCAUGACGGAGAUUCAGACUCUACCAUCGUCCUUUGACUGGGCAACAGACGCGUUCGUCGCACUCAACGACCCUCAAAUGGGCCAGGCCCCCGAGAAAUGGGCUGCGUUCAGCGGUCCUGGCUCGUCCCACAACCAAUCUUUCGCCAUCCCACCCUCACUACUCUCGCACGCAUCCAUUGCACGAUAUGGACAGGUCACCCCUCCUGAGGAGAACCUUUCGCCUGUCAUCGCCGAAUCUACUCGCCACUCGGACAGAGAAUCCUCGAUACCAAUCGAACAACUGAGGAACGAAACGCUGUGGCCACAUAAUGACCUUCAAAGUUACGAACGACACCCACAACGAGCCCAUUCUCCACCGCAACAGGACGACCAGGAACGCUCACCAAAGCGUCGCCGUACUAGCAGACAAGCUGCAGCCAAUCAGACUCAAUCGACCUUCUACGACCCCGCACAACAACAAGAUGCGAGCGCCAACCCGCAGCCAGCCAAGCGCAAGCGGGGAAGGCCCAAGUCGCAGCCGCAGAUGGUCGAGGCAUACACGGCCGAUGGCUUCCCGUUCCAGGUCUCCUCCGCUCGCCAGUCUCAUCUCGAGAAGAACCGCGUCGCGGCCCACAAGUGCAGGCAACGCAAAAAGGAGUACAUUGGUGGGCUCGAAGGCCGCGCUAGAGAAUUUUCUACAAAGAACAAGCAGUUGAAAGAGAACGUGGCAAUGCUACGAGAAGAAGUACUUAGUCUGAAGAACGAGGUGCUGCGCCACGCUGGAUGUGGGUUCUGGGCUGUCGAUGAGUAUCUCGCACGUUGUGCGGGUGAUCUACUGGGCAUGGAAGCACCUACAUCCACGUCACGUUCGCCAGGCCUUCGCUUCCCCAAUCAGACGCAGGAUACUGCCAUGCCGACCAUGGAGGCAACUGGCCGAUUCGCCCGCAAACAUAGCUCCGACUCGAUGAAUAGCGAAGGCACAGCAAUGUCGAGCCCUGGCUCAGACGAAUUCGGCGGACUCGAGCUUCUCAAAGACUACGAAGAGGACAUGGACAAACAGGAAUAAACACCGCCGCACUCAGCUCUGUUACUCUUUAGGGUCGAAGACUUUUAGCCCACCGUGCUCAUCUCACGGCAUGCAGAGAUGCUUAGCUGCACCAAAACAUUGCCUCUGCUGCAGAUGCACUCUUUGAAAGAAAAUGCACUUGACGUUGCCCUUCCUCUUCACGACGAUUUUACGAUACCCCGAUUAUUGCCGCAUACUACAAAAGCUUUUUCUGCUUUGGUUCUCUUCUUCUUUGUAUUCUAUACUAUUUUGAUUAUGAUUGGCGAGGAACGCUGCGGUGCAGCCAUGAGCAUUGUGGUGUGGAUAUUGGGGGGUUAAUUUCUCUGUGCGACGCGGCGUUGUCACAAUGCUGGCGUCGAAGUGAUCGCGCAUGGCAUGACCAGAGGGAUAUAAGGAACAUAACGAAACAUGAUACUCAAUUAUCAGGCACGAAAUAGGCCUAUCUUCUGUUCGAAGAUGGUAUUAUACAAUGC